AUGGUUCCUACAAGUACAAACCAACCGCCUCGGCGAACGCAACCGCAACCACUGCCAGGAAGGGGUUUGAACCCGGUCCUAUGCUGCAUCAUCGCCCUUGUCCUCUUAGGACUCCUUGUGGGCCUCGCCGUAUUGAUCACAUACCUCACCCUCAGGCCAAAGCGACUGGUCUAUACGGUAGAAGCCGCGUCGGUCCAAGAUUUCGCCAUAGCCAACGACGAUCACAUUAGCGCCAAAUUCAACUAUGUGAUCAAAUCAUACAACCCGGAGAAACAUGUCACCGUGAGAUACCAUUCCAUGCAUAUCUCCACGGCUCACCAUAACCAGUCCGUGGCUCAUAAGGUGAUCUCUCCCUUUAAGCAACGUCCAAAGAACGAGACGAGGAUUGAGACGCAGCUUGUGUCGCACAAUGUUGCACUGUCUAAGUUCAAUGCGAAGGACUUGAGAGCUGAAAAGUCGAAAGGAACAAUCGAAAUGGAAGUGUUUGUAACGGCUAGAGUGAGCUACAAGACGUGGAUUUUCCGGUCGAGGAGACGAACGUUGAAGGCUGCGUGUAGACCGAUAAUGAUCAACGUUACGUCGAGCUCGUUGGAUGGAUUCCAGAGAGUGUUAUGCCAAACUCGUCUUUAG